UGCGAGAAAUUCCAGCCGCGAAGUGAUUUCGAAUGAGUGGUUUCAAAGUGACCAGUGCGAGCCAAAGUCGUGUUUUUGGCCAUACACAAAGUAUUAAAAAUCAUAACAAAAGCAUUUCAGAAAAAAGUGUUAAAAAAUUAUUUACAAAAAGUUGAAAGCGCGAAGCAAAAUAAAGAAAAAACAACAUUGGCAACAUUUCGUGGUCGUUUUCAGCGAGUUGAUUCCGUUUUUGUUUGUGUUUGCCUUGCCGGAGCACGCGUGUGUCUACGUUACCUUGGACAAGAAUAAACCAUCCAAACAUCCUGCAGCAUCCAAGCAUCCAAGCAUCCGAGCAUCCAUCUACUUGCCCAUUGUGGUUGUUCUUGGCUCUUUUCCACGGCGCGGCCCCACGUUUAUCCUCAUCUCUUGCGAAUCCUUGGCGCAGCAGAUUCUAGUUGGUGGCCUACUCUGAAGAAAAUGUUUGAAUAGAGAUGGCCAAACUUUCACGACGUGCCUCGUCGUCUGCAGCAACGCCCUCCACAGCAACAACAGCAACCACUGCGAGUACCGGAGCAACAUCAGUCAGUCCAAGUCAUCAGCAGCAGCAGCAAGACCAGCAGCAACAUCAGCCGGAGCAACAGCAACGCAUUGCUCGUCGUGCAGCCAACAGCAACAGCAAUAGCAACAGCAAUAACAACAACAACAACAACAGCAACAAACCCCAAGCGGCAGCUCUCAUUGACACAAGUCCUGAUGUCCGGCACGAGAAUCCACCGCCAUCACCGACACCGGCGGCGCUGUCAAAUUACAACAGCAACAGCAGCAACAACAACAGUAACAGCAGCUACCACAGCAACACUGCCACGCCCACAGCACCCGCCCACGCCCACGUCACGGCCACGCCCUACAUGCCGCUGCUGCCGCCGGGCGAGCAGAAUCUGACGGAAGCGGAAAGCGCAGCGGAGCGGGCCAGGAUCCGCGAGGAGUUCUUCGCCACCUACGACGUGAUGACGGGCGUGCGGAUUGCGGCCACCCUGGGUGGGUUCUUCGGCCUGAUGGUCUUCCUGAUCGUGUGGAAGAGCCGCAGCAGCAGCAACGAGACCCUGAAGGUCCUCAAGGAUCCCAAGAUGGCGGCGGUGGCCGCCGUCUGCAUGCAGGAGGAGGAGGAGCGCGAGAUCCACGACGCCAUCGUGGCCACGGGCAUGUCCCUGUAUCCGGAUGAGUACGAUGCGAUGGUCUACCGAAGGCAGCGGAUGCUCUCGCUGGGCAACGUGAGUGCGCCGCCGCUGCUGAAUCGAGGAUACCGCUGCGGGUCGAUGGGUGGCGUGGGCGUGGGCGUUCCAGUGGGCUACAGCUAUCUGCUGGAGCCGCCGCGCCGCUUCUCCUACUCCUCGAUGUCCGGAGGACCCGGAUCCAGCCACGUGGGUCGGCGCAAGAGCGGCUCGGAGUCGUCGCGCAUCUUCAGCAACUAUCCGAUGGGCGGCAGCUUCGGCACCGACGACUACUUCGUGGAGACGGAGGACGAGCUGGAGGCGGAGGAGUACCUGCAGCCGGGUGCCGCCGAGGAGCCGAGCCACCAGCGCACGGAUUCCACGCGCAGCAAGCCGGGAUUUCUGUCCGUACCAAUGGCGGGUCAGGACUCGCGGAGGAGCAGUGCCAUGACCUGCUGCAGCACGGACAGCUCCUACCUGGAGCGGCGCACCUCCGCCUACAUGGGCGGCUGCAUGGGCAACCUGCCGCCCACGCUGCAGAGGAAGCUAUCGACCGCCUCGCGGACGUCGAGCAUCGACAACUGGGACUACUACUACCCCGACAUCCAGGUGAUCCAGCCGACGCCCAAGGCUUCGCCGUGUCCUUCGGAGCGGAGUGUUCACGAGGGAUCUGGCAAUGGUAGCCGCACCUCCACCGCCAACCUGAGUGCCACGAACAUCAAGCGGAAGCACAGCAUCGUCUCCUACGAUCCGGACAGUGCGCAGGCGGGUCGCAAGCAGCAGAUCCACUCGAUCAGUGCGGACACCGUGGACGUGUAUCCCUACAACCAGCGGAGCACCGUCGACCUGGCCCUGCCCCUGCCCAAGCCGGUACAAUCGGCCCCGCCCACCAGCGCCCAUCAGGCGUUCCACUUCUGCGACUCGCCCUCCGAGGAGCUGCGCCUGGGCGUCCGCCGGAAGCUGACACUGGUGGAGCUGCAGCGCAACGAGAGCAACAACAACAGCUUCCCGUACACGGCGAACGCAGCAGUUCCUGCCGGACCUGUGGUUCCCUCCGGAACUGCGGUUCCCUCCGGAGCAGCGGGUACGGCGGCCAGCUCGAGCAGCCUCAGUGUAGACAGCACACCGGUGAGCCUGGAGCGAUUGAACGGCGCCGGGAGCGGCGGAAGCGCCAGUUUGGCCACCGUUUCGGUGUCCAACAAGCUGCCCCUGGCGAUGGGCAAUAACAAUCCGGAGAAGCGAGCGCCGCUGGCCUCACUAAGUUCCUUCAAGAUCUCCUCGCUGGAGUGUCCCGACUCGGAGCUGCGCUCCCUAGACGAGGACUCGGUGUUCGGGCUGGAGAGUCCAGCGGACACGGACGACGACAUGCAGCAGCUGAGCAGCGACAGCGAGGAGCAGGAGGCGGCUGCCCAGGCCGCCGCUCAAGCGCAGACUGCCGCCGUUCGGGUUGCUAGUGGUGGCUCGGAGGCGAAGCCCAAUCCUGUCCAGCUGGCCAUGCCAGCUGCGAAGAGGAUGAGCCUGAGUUCGGUUCCUCCGCCGCUGGCUGCUGGCGGAGGAGGAGCUCGCCCCCGGAGGCCACUGCUGCAGCGACACCGCACCAUAAGCGCCACCUCCUCCGGCGAUCGGGUGGCACUGAUCAACCAGCCACUGCAGCUGCAACAGUUCCACAUGGGCCUGCCCAUCCAGUCGGAGGCGGCGCCUCCGCUGGAGACGCACUUCGGAGCGGUGGUGGUCAGCCAGAGUCCGCCGCGGCGGGGGCCACUCCUGCAGCAGUACAGCGAUCCGCAGACGACGACGACGACCACAACGACCACGACGACGGAGGAGGACACCUGCUCCACGCUGAACACGGAGCUGGGCCUGGUGGAGGCCUCGGGAGCUGCGCUCGGAGGAGGAGGAGCCGGUGGACCGGAGUCGGCCACCCACACGCAGUACAGCAGCCUCAACACGGUGAUCAGUGUGGGUCGCUCCACGCCCAGUCCCGUUCCUGUUCCUAUGCCUCCUGCUCUUGCUCCUGCUCCUGGUCCCGCUCCUGCCCAUUCCCACAUGACCAGCAGCCAGCAGCCAGCUCAACUGCCAACGAACGCCAUCCGGAUGGCGCACGAUCCCUGCGCCUCGUCCGUUUCCGAUUCGGUGAUAGCCACCCGGCAGCAGAGCAUCUGUGUGCCCGCCUCCCUUAAGGAUCUGAUCCUGCGCAAGGCGCCGCCUGCCCAGCCCACUGGGAUCAGCCGGAGUGCCACCAAUCUGAGCUGUGAGAGUGGAGCCACCGGAGCACUGGCGGUCACAACGACCGCGACGCCCGCCGUCGUGCUAGAGCUUCCCCUGAUCCGGCUGCCCAACCAGGAGGACCAGGACUUGGGUCAGGAGCCCCAGAAGCACCACUCGGAGCAGCGGGAGCGCGCCAGGGAGCUGGGUGGCGAGAAGCGGGACCCCAGCCUGCCCGGCACUUCCAGGAAAUGGUCCAAGGAGACACUCUUCUAGCCCAGCUGGUUUCCACUGCUCCAACGAAGGCAGUUCCCUGGGCCACGCCACUAUUUAAGAGCUUAGCAACUGACUUUGAACGCAUGCUGAAGCGAGCUACAGUGAAGACUCCCUCAUAACUCCCUCAUAUUUGAAAAAUGCUAGAAAUUCUUCCAAUAAUGCAAUCUUUUACUAAAGAUCCUUUCACUUCUUCUAAGUAUAAAACCUUCUUUACUCCAAAGGUAAUCCUAUUCUAAACCUUUUUCAUCUUUCAAAAUAUAUUUAACAGAGAGUUUUCACUGUAGUUUUCUUAAGUGCUUGGUCUGGCAACCAAAUUCCUGGAUUGCUAAAGACCCGGAACUAUGAAACGCGAGUAUUGACGAGUAUUUAGGCAUAGAUAAUAUGGAUUAGCUUAAGCGCAUUUAGUCGAAAUAUGAGUUAGUUGGGUCUGGCGUACGAAAGUUAUAGUAGAUCGAUCCAAAUGACGAAGGGAGUUAUGGUAAUGAACAGCAAGAUGAACAACAACGUAUUCGUACUUAGAGACUGUUGUCUAUUAUUGUUAAUAGAACUCUAAAAGUUAAGUAGUGAUACUCGGAUUUAUUUUUCACACUUUAUCUAUAGAGCGAUAGGAGAAAGUUUAUAUAUUUCUAUAGGUACAUACCAUAUAUCGCCAGGCGCCAGCAAUUGUCGCUCCUUCUAUCUCUAUCCCUCACUCGCCCUCUCUUACGGAAUGAAAACUCUUCUAGUGUCUUAAACAGCAGCCAAAUACUUAAAGUAUUGUAAUUUAGAAAUUUUAUAGAUUGCACAACAACUUCGACAGAGAUCGAGUGUUAUCCUUGCAACAGAAGUACUCUGACAGAAGACCUUAAGGACCUCGAAAGGUCCGCCCGAAGAUGCCUAAAUGUCUUUUACGCGUAGCUAGACAAAAGUUGCAGACUUUCUAGGAACAUUUUCGCAUUUCCCCCCGCUCCUGCCUGUUCGAAAACGAAUUGUUGGAAUUAUAAUAGAAUUGUUGUCAGAAUAUAGAGUUCUAAAAUUGAAAACCAAAACCAAAAAUUGAGAAAAGAAACACAAAAAGUACAUACAUAUAUGUAAACAACUUCCUAACUCAUCCCACCUACGCAUCUCUAUUUUUCUAUGAAAAGCCAAGGGAAGGAUGGAAUAUAGACGGUACGGAAAAUAAAUCAAAUAACUUGUAUUAUUCAAAUCAAAAUAUUUAGUGGACAGGAUAUUACGAUAGAGCUGCAUUUUGAGGUGCCCCGCCCCCUAGAGACUUUAUCACACGCCUGAGCCUCAGCCUGAGCCUGAUUUGUACCUUUCCUAUGCAUAAGUAUAUAUUUAUAUACACCACACAUGUAUGUAUAAAUCGAGCCCUAUUUGAAUAUUUUUUAAUACUAGUAAGUGUUUUGUACGACGAGAUCAACUCGAAAGGCGCCUAUGAAAUGCAAAUGGUAUAUCAAAAGGAAACCCCUCAAAAAAACACAAAACAUCCAAUUGUUGGUUAAAUGCUGAAGAACGUACGAGUAAAUGAAAUUCGAAAAUAUUGUAAUUGUAGCGUUGAUUUGUUUCAAAUGAGCAGAAAUAUACAUAUAACUAAUAACGUAGCUAAAUAUACAUAACUAUAUUUAAUGAAACCAAUGAGCAAACCUAACUUGUGUAAGUCAAAGAGUAGCGGAACCAAUUGUUAAACCUAAGCAUAAAAAAUCUGUAAUAAAACUGAGCUGUUGUAUUAAAUGAACAAUAACAAUGUUGAAGACAAUGUUUGGACAACGACGCCAAGCCCAAUAAAUGCGUAGAGCAUUCAGUUUGUGAACUAGACAAUUCCUCCUUCGACCCCCCUUUUGUUGCGAUGUUUUUUUAUACUUUUGUACUAAGUAACUCCCUCUUUUUGGUCCAAUCUGAUUUGCGUAAUGUUUAUAAACUCGAUGUCUAUAUGUACCUCUAGCUAAACUCAAAGCAUAAUUGAUCAAAUUGGUAAACGAAAGCAAUUCGAAAUUAAAACAAAUAUGUGUACUACUAACGCGCAAAAAAAGAAUUAUUAAUGCAAGAUUACUUUAAAGAAUGGAUUAAAAUUUUUAAAAAGUACGAGCUAUUAAAGAACAA